AUGACGACGACGACGACGACGACGACGACGACGACGACGCGCCCCCCCUCGGGCCGCGGGACCAUCGCGCGCGUCCUCCUCCUCCUCCUCCUCAGCGCGUCCUCGAACGCCGCGCGCGCGCACGGAGGGUUCGACGCCGCGUCGCAGGGGCGAUCGCGCGCGCACGUCGGCGGCGCGCGCGCGCCGGUCGUCGCGUCGCUCUUCCCGCCGCGCGCGCACGUCGGCGGCGGCGCGACGCUCACCAUCUCUGGCGCCGGGUUCGCGCGCGGGCCCGGACUCGUCGUUCGCUUCGCGUCGACGGGCGGCGGCGUCGACGUCGUCCCGGGCGUGUGGGUCUCUCCCGGCGAGGUGCGAUGCGUGACCCCGCGGCGCGCGUUCGCGGAGUCGACGCACGUCACCGUGAGCAACGGCGACGGCGCGUUCGGCGGUCAUGGGGUGAACUACGUCGUCGCGAACGGCGCGGGCGCGGCGUUGCGCUUCCUCUUCGACGACUCGCCGCCGGGGUGCCCGGGAUGCGGACCCGCGGGGUUCCAACGCGCGACCGCGAUCGAUCGGCGCGUCCGCGAGCGGUGGGUCGCGAGAGGGCCGGUCGUUGGGCCGGACGCGGGCGGAACCGCGUUUCACGUCGAGGCGGUCGGGUGGGACGCGAACGCGAACGGCGGCGGCGGCGUCGUCGCGGCGACGCUGACCGACGUCCUCGGCGCGGGAAAGCGCCCGCCGGGGGUCGACGACGCCGCCCCGACCGGCGGCCCCGGCCUCGCGGGCCGCGUAAACCUCGCGUCGCGGACGUCAAUCGGCGUCGGCCCGCCCACGACCGGAACGUUCCUCCCCGGCGGGAGGCUCGCGUGUCGAUUCGCGUGCCCCGUCGUCGACGCGGCGUCCGGCGCGGUGGUCGGCGUCGCGGCGAACGCGUCCUCGGAAACGCGCUGGGAGGAUUACGCUCGCGUACGAUGCGUCUCGCCGCCGAUGCCGUCGAUCGGGCCGGACGCGCCGGGGUCGUUUGGGUCCUCAGGGUCGGUCGUCGUCGGGCGGGACUGCGUCGUGACGAUUUCCAACGACGGCGCGACGUUUGACGAUUUGGUCGCCGAAGCCGCCGCAGACCCGCACGCGUCUUCGCCGAUGCCGAACGCCGCGCUCGUGCGGUUCCGGUACGAGGACGUAAUCCCCACGGUGUUAUCGAUCGCGACGAGCGCGCGCGUCGCGCCCGGGUUGAAGUCAGCGGGCGUCGACGCGCGCGGGCCGUUCGAAGGCGGCUCGACGGUGACGAUCCGAGGCGCGAACUUUCAGUCGUCGAACGAGCUGUCGUGCGCGUUCUUCGACCCCGGCGCGGGUCCCGGGCUGGCGGACCCUCCGCCGUCGACGACGCGAUCGCGCGCGACGUUCGCGAGCGCGACGGAGGUGACGUGCGUCGCGCCGCGCGUCGCGCCGAGGGGAGGCGCCGACGCCGCGGGCGCGUGGACAGGCGCGACGGGCGAUUUCCCGGGCGGCGCGUCACCGUGCUUCAGCUCGCGCGUCUCCGUCUCCAACGACGGCGCGACGUACUCGAGCACGUUCGCGGAGUUUCUGCACUGCGACGUGUACGUCUCCGCGGGCGCGGGGGGUUCGAGCGGGACGCCGGACGAUCCGUUCUCCGAUGUUCAAUCCGCGCUCGACGCGAUCUUAGUCGACGCCGUCGCGACGCGUCCGAACGCGGACGCGGAGGCGUCCUCGCCCUCGCCGCGACGCCGCCGCCGCGCGUCGUUCGGCGCGAGCAGCGCGGCGUACGACGCCCUCGGCGACGUCGACCGCGGCGCGGUCGACGGCGCCAAACCGAGGGAGUGGACGAACCGAGACGUGAUUCGGUUAGCCCCCGGCGUGUACGCGGGCGACGGGAACGCGCCGCUCGACCUCCCGGACGGCGCGUUCGCGACCGUCGUCGGCAGCGACGCGACGACGACUUUUCAUAGGAGAAGAGCCGGACCGGAGGCUCUCGUCGUGAUAGACUGCGUCGACGCGGCGGCGCGCGAGCGCGCGGACGGCGGCGGGCCCCCGCAGACGUACGCGCUCGGCUCCCGCGCGCUCUUCGCGGACCAGCGCGUGUCGGUGAACGUCCCGCCGACGUUCGAAGAGCGCCCCGGACGCGCGCACGGCCCCGGCGGCGCUACUUUCGUCGGCGUGGUUUUCGAGGGGUGCGACCUCGGCGGCGACGGCGCCGUCGAAGCGCUCGCGGACGCGGAGUGCGCGCCGGACGGCGACGGGUACUUCUCCGAGUACGGCGGCGUCGGGCCUCGGUCGACGCGGGGGCGGCUCGGCGGCGGCGCGGGGGGAUGCCGGGGAAACCGAGACGCGUAUCACGAGAACCCCUCGCUGGCGGGCGGCGGCGGGGCGUACGACUCGCGCGGGACCGGGUGGGCGAGGGACCCGGCGCCGUGGGAGCAGUUCGAGUACGAGGACCCGGACGCGUGGAUGAACGCGGCGACGUGGGAACAGGAUUACGGUCGGUAGGCGGACGAGACGGCUCGUUAUCAUAGGAGUCGUCGUAGUAUGUACUGACUUAGUUCACG